AUGGGUCCUGGGAAGGCGGCGGCUCUGGAUGGCGGCUGGGGCUGGGUGAUUGUCGGCUGCUGCUUCAUGGUGACAGUCUGCACACGAGCGGUGACCAGGUGUGUCUCCAUCUUCUUUGUGGAGUUUCAGUCUCACUUUGGAGCCGACUAUUCAACCACAGCAUGGAUUCACAGCCUGGUGGACUGCACCACUAUGCUCUGUGCUCCAUUGGGCAGCCUGGUGGGGAACCGUUGGUCCUGUCGGGUGUCGGUGAUGCUCGGUGGACUCCUCUCCUCCUGUGGUCUUCUGCUCAGCUCCUUCACCAACAGCUUGGAGACGCUGUACUUCAGCAUGGGAAUCCUGACAGGUCUGGGUUUUGCUCUCUGCUACACUCCGGCCAUCGCCAUGGUCGGCUGUUACUUCCAUCGGAGGAAGGCGCUGGCGUACGGCAUCGCCAUGUCCGGCAGCGGGAUCGGCACCUUCGUGCUGGCGCCGGUGGUCCAACUGCUCAUUGAACUGUACUCGUGGAGGGGGGCGCUGCUCGUCCUCAGCGCCUUCGUCGGCAACCUCUGCGUCUGUGGGGCAUUGCUUCGACCAAUCACAGCGCGGGAAGAAGAGGGGGAGGAGGGGCCGCUGACAGGGGAGGAGCGACUUGAAUGUGAGGACAGCGUUUUGUCACCGGGUCCGUCCUCGCCGCCAUCACUGCCUCUGCUGCCAGGAAGCCCCGCCCCUCAGCUGCAGAGGAGAUGGUGUUUCAGCUCCUACUUCCUGUCCAGUCAGGAGUUCCGGUUCCUGCUGCUGCCGGACUUCCUGGGCCUCGCCGUGUCCUUCCUGUUCCUGGCCAGCGGCUGCAGCCUCCCCUUCGUAUACCUGGUGCCGUACGCUCUGAGCGUGGGCGUCAGCCACCAGCACGCCGCCUUCCUCAUGUCCAUCCUGGGAGUCGUUGACAUCGUGGGGAACAUCACCUUCGGCUGGCUGACGGACAGGAAGUAUCUGAAGCCGUACCGGCUGGCGUGUUAUGUGUUCUCCGUGUGGAUGGAGGGUCUGUGCUGCCUCUUCACGCCGCUGCUGCGCUCCUUCACGCUCCUCGUACCCUUCGCCGUCCUCUACGGUUAUUUCGACGGCGCCUACGUGGCGCUGAUUCCCGUAGUGACGUCAGACGUGGUGGGAGCGCCGUACCUGUCCUCUGCUCUGGGCGUGGUCUACUUCCUGCACGCCAUCCCCUACCUCAUCAGCCCGCCUAUCGGAGGUUGGCUGGUUGACAUCACAGGAAGUUACACGGCCACCUUCUUCCUCAGCGGCGCCACCCUGCUGGCCAGCGCGGUCGUCCUCUCCGCCGCCAACGGGAUCCGUCGCUGCCGUCGGGUGACAUCAGAGCCCCGCCCCCUCAGUCUGUCUGACCAAUCGGACUGCUUCGUCUCCUACAGGAAGGAGGCUGUCAGCGGCGCCACGGACUCCUAG